AUGACUCGCACGCGAGCUCAACUAUUGCACAUGGCGAAAAGCCUCUUCGAGGUCUACAACAAAUGGAAUCUCGAAGACAUCAUGGCACUACGUACCUCUGAUUGUACUCAUAAUGUCUUACCAUCGUCAUUAGGUCAGGCGCCCCUCGACAACAACGCCUUCCGCCAGUUCGUGGAAAAUUUGAUGAUUGGUAUCCCAAAGGGCUUCAACUUUACUAUCGAUGAGAAGGCGCCACUUGUGGACGAGUCAGCUGGGAAGGUGAUAAUUUUCGCCAGGAGUAAAGCAGAAACGGUCGCCGGACCAUAUGCGAACGAGUAUAUUUUUGUUAUCACAGUGGACGAAAGUGGUACCAAGAUUGCACGGGUGGAUGAAUUCGUGGAUGCCACAAUUGUCAAGGAGUUCUUGCCAAGAUUUGAAGCAGCUAUGGCAAAGGUUGCUUAA